AAAAUAAGAAGAUCUGAAUUUAGCAAUUGUACCCUCUUUUUCUGUAAUUCAAUUUUCAUCAUCAUCAUUUGCAAAAACCCUUUCCCCUAAGUCUUCUUCCAUUUCUCCUCUUUCCCCAAAUACAAAAUCACACACACAGUCUCUCUCUCUCUCUCUCUCUCUCUCCCUCCCCCCCCUGUUCUCUCUCUCGACACAGACACAGAUUCUUCUAUUUACUACUCCUAUUUGCAUUAUCAAUUGAUAAAUAUUCCUGUUUAUCGACGCAGAUUACUAUAUACAUACGCUAUAUAUUUCUUGUUAUAAUAUAUAAUAUAUAAUAUAGAUAUACGUGGAGGUGUUGGGGAUUUGCAGAAUAAGAAGAUGAGCAGUGGGGUUAAGGGAGGUGCAAGUAGGGUUUCGAUUCCCAGUGGCGUUAAGAAGACGAUCGAGGAUAUAAAGGAGAUUACUGGGCAGAAUCACAGUGAAGAUGAGAUUUAUGCAAUGCUUAAGGAAUGUUCCAUGGAUCCCAACGAAACUACUCAGAAGCUUCUACUUCUCGAUACAUUCCAUGAAGUAAAAAGAAAGCGUGAUAGGAGAAAAGAGAAUCUGAAUAAGGAGCCUGCAGAGUUGAAGUGGAAGCCAGGUACCCAGGCACGGGCAAAUAGAGUGGGUCGAGGGAAUUAUUCAUCACGAUACAUAUCUCAUGAUGCUGGUGGUGGAAGAAGUUUGGCUGCUGUAAAGGAGAAUGCCAGCAGUCACGUUACAGAGAAAGGUACUAGCAAGGCUUCCUCUGCUACUUCACAAGAUAUGAGAAAGAAUGAAACUUCUUCUGUUACAAGCGCAACUACUGCUGUGUCUAAUGGUGCUUCUGGUAUUUCUUCCCAGAAUACCAAUGUUAUACAUGACAAUCAUACAUCUGCAGGUGGAGGUGUUAAUCAAUUCAAUACAACUACCAUCAUGAGCAAGUCGGAGGAACCACUCCCACCUUCAUCCUCUAUUGAUUUAAUCAAAAACCCCAAUGCUCCGGGAACCAAGGAUAUACAGCAGCAGAAGAUGCUGGAGAUGAGCAACAGUGCAUCAUCUCUUCCUUCGUCAGCUGCUUCAGGACCUUAUUUCUCUUCUUCAGAUCCUGGACUGUUGCCAUCUCAAGAUUCACCAGUCCAUGGACCUGUGGGCACUCUUCAGUGUGCUACCGCUCAGCUGGUUGAUGAUAAUCCUACUGAGAAAAAAUCAGCUUCUGCCAAAAUCUCUAUUUCUGAGGCUGGUAUUCCCAAUUUGCAACAAAAGAUGCCAAACGAUUUCCAGGGAGUUGGAAAGAAUCCACAUUUAGAGUCUGCUCAGAUUGCAUCUUCCACUGUUGGUGUUCCCACUGUUAGUAGGCCUUCAUCUAAUUACAACAAUCGGUCUCAAGUGAUUGGCCCGCAAAAAGGUGUGUCUCUUGAUGAGAUGAUAUCAAAAUUCAGUAUGUUGGGUGCUGCUGCAGCUGCUUCAUCAGAGGUUUCUACAGUAUCUGUUGGAAGUCAUCCUGAAUCACAUACGACUCCUGUUGCCCCCAGUGCGAAAGAAGCUACUCUGGAGCUGCAAAGGAAGUUAGAGGAGUCACACAUUUCAGACAGACAACAUGUGAUUAUUCCUGAUCACCUACAUGUCCCUGAAGUUGAAAAACUUGGAUUUUGUUUUGGAAGCUUUGAUGCUAGCUUUGGACUGGAUUUGAACCAAAAUGGUGUUCGAGUGAGUGAAAAGAGUCCACCACUGUCUGAAUCGUCUGAGGCUAUAGAUGAACCUGUGAAGGAGAUACAGUUGAGCAAUCAAAAUGCGUUUGUAGCUACAGAGGAUACAGAAACAAAAUAUCCUGACCACCCUCAAUCGCCUUCACAAGGACCAGAAAAUUUCCCAUCUAGUGAGGGUGAAGUCUCAUCCUCUAUUACCCCAGAAUACAGUGAGUCCAAGCCGGAGGAUGCUAGCCAUCAGAAUCCUGUGGUCCAUACUUCUUCAAACUACAAUUUUGGCUUCAUGCCACCAAUAUUGAGUGGCCCAGUUACACCGUUGGAAAGUUCUGAAUCUCAAGCUCGUGAUGCUCCUCGACUUCCAGGCUUUGUUGUACCACAAUCUUUUGAUCCAGCAACAUAUUAUGCACAAUUUUAUCGUUCUGGCCUGGAUGGUGAUGGCCGCAUUUCCCCUUUCCACGCUGCUGGAGCUGCCAACAAGUAUAAUGGAAAUACUGCAAUGGUCUCGGCACAGACUUCUCAGACACCUCAAGAGGGUGGUGUCCCUCUGGUUUUGUCCUCAGCUUCUCCAUCACCACUUGUGACCCAGGCUGCUGGUGUGAUGCAGAGCUCAAUAACUGCGACCCAGCAACCUCUUCCUGUCUUCCGGCAACCAACUGGGGUUCAUCUACCCCAUUAUCCUCCAAACUACAUGCCAUAUGGUCCUUAUUUCUCCCCAUUUUAUGUCCCACCACCUGCAAUUCAUCAGUUCUUAAGCAAUGGCGCAUUUCCUCAGCAACCUCAGGCUGGCAGUUUGUAUCCAACCGCACCUGGGACAACUGCCAAAUAUUCCGUUUCUCAGUAUAAGCAGGGCACAAAUACAGGAAGCUCAACUCUUGGAGUGCCUGGCAACUAUGGGCCAUAUGGUCUUUCCAUGGCCAACUACACUUCCAGUUCAGCCACAGCAGCUGUGUCUUCAACAUCUAAUGAGGAUGUUUCUGCCUCUCAAGUCAAGGAAAAUAAUGUCUACGUCAGUGGCCAACAGAACGAAGGUUCGGGCGUUUGGUUUACUACCCAUAGUCGGGACAUUCCUACCUUGCAGGCAAGUUCGUUCUACAAUCUUCCUCAGGGUCAACUGGCUUUCACCCCUACACAGCCUGGCCAUGGAACCUUCACAGGGAUUUUCCACCCUGCACAGGCCGUUACAGCAGCAAAUGUUCAUCCACUUUUGCAGCAAUCUCAAGCCAUUACCAACCCUGUUGAUAUGGUGGGACCAACAGCCAGUGUUUACCAGCAGCCUCAGCAUGCACAACUUAAUUGGCCGAGUAACUACUAAGAAAGAUGAUGUUUCCUUCUUAUGGCAGUGACAAAAUUCAAAUCCCGAGGCUUACUUCUCAAUGGGAUUUUGCAACAAGUUCUGAUUUAAUGGAAAAGAUCAGAAGACACAGAUGCCUUAACUGAGUGUAAAUUAAUGGAAAGGGCCAAUAACAUUGGCUGAUAUCCUUUGUGGUCUUCUUGUGACUCAUAACAACCUUUUAAGUUAAAUUGAGGCCAGAAUGUGCAAACCAAUCUCUUUCUUGCUUCUCAUAGAAAGUUUUUGUAAUUCCCUCAAUAUAAUUGGGGAGCCCUCCUUUCUAUAGGUUUUAGCUUCAUUAUUAGUGUAGUGGAGAGUUUGAUUCAUUUUGUUUGGCAUAAUUUUCAAUAGCUUGAAACUUUAGAGGUAUUAUAGGCAGAUUCUGAUGUGAGGUUCUUAGGUGUUACUCUUGAAAUUGUUUCUGCCAUCGUUCUCUUGUCAUGUUUCUACUUUGCGCUGUCUUACCUGUAAAGUGAGAAUUUUUCAGAUAGCAAGGAAGUUGUACUUUGGAACUGUUGUAACUGGCCUUUGGUAUUAUUCAUGUGGGAAAUUCUAUUGCUGUGAUGGACUUAAUAAGA